AUGCCGUUGAUCAAUCCCUUCAAGCGACAAGAGCGCUCGAAUUUCCCCGGAGUCGUGGUGCCCCUCGCCCCGUCUUCCCCUGAGCGCUCGCCGUCUCCCGCGCAAGCGUUUUCGACAGACCCAGAGAAGAAGCCCAACCCGGAUGAGAAAUCGGACGGUAGAAGUUUGGAUAGAUCGGAAAAUGGUGUUGGUCCUGUGCCCGUGGGCGGUCCCUUGACUAUUGAUGCUCUUCGAGCGGAGGUCGAGUCGGAUAUUUCUGCCUCGGGCCAUAACUCUACCUAUGAUCGAAAAGCAAAGGUAAUCAACAGGGCGAUUUCAGACAUUGGAAUGGGCCGUUAUCAGUGGGAGUUAUUUGCGCUUUGUGGGUGUGGUUGGUUAGCAGACAACCUAUGGCUGCAGGGAAUUGCCCUAACAUUAACCCAACUCUCUGCGGAGUUUGGCGUCUCAGAAACUCGAGUCCGCUUCUCGACUUGUGCCUUGUUCUUGGGUCUCUGUCUAGGUGCCUCAUUCUGGGGUAUUGCGUCUGAUGUGAUUGGACGGCGGCCGGCCUUUAACUUGACUCUUUUGAUCAGCGGAGCGUUUGGUCUGGCUGCUGGAGGCGGGCCCAACUGGGUUGGAACUUCUGCUCUCUACGCCUGUCUUGGUCUUGGUGUUGGUGGUAACUUGCCUGUGGAUGGAGCGCUCUUCUUGGAAUUCCUCCCAUUUGCUUCUGGAAACCUCUUGACCAUGCUAAGUGUGUGGUGGCCGAUUGGUAACUUGAUUGCAAGUGUGGUUGCAUGGGGCUUAGUUCCAAACUACUCCUGCGCAUCAGAUCUGAAAGCCUGCAGCCUCGUCGCUCCCGGCGAAGCCUGCUGCAGAAAGGAAGACAAUAUGGGCUGGCGAUACCUAGUCCUCACCCUAGGCGCAAUCACCUUCGUCAUGUUCCUCGGUCGUUUCUUCCUCUUCCAUCUGUACGAGUCGCCCAAGUUCCUGCUUUCGCGGGGUCGUCAAAAUGAAGCCGUGGCUGCGGUGCAAGGCAUUGCGUACAGGAACAAGAAGACCACGUGGCUUACGGUGGACGUGCUAAACGAAAUCGGUGGUCACCAGGAGGAAGUAGCUAGCCCGAAACUGUCAUACGCGGAAAUCCUCAAGCGGACGAUCUCCAAGUUCUCGUUUCAGCGGAUCGCGCCUCUUUUUGCUACCAAGAGACUUGGACUUUGCACCAUCUUAAUCUGGUUCUGCUGGGUGACAAUCGGCAUGGCCUACCCCCUCUUCAAUGCCUUCCUGCCGCAAUACUUCUCCGCCUCCAGCUCCACCUACAUAACCUACCGCAACUACGCGAUAACCUCCAUCGUCGGUGUCCCAGGCUCCAUCCUCGCCUGCUACACCGUCGAAAUCAAAUACAUCGGCCGCAAAGGCACAAUGGCCAUCUCUACCAUGAUCACCGGCGUCAUCCUCUUCUGUUUCACCGCCGCCCCGGACUCAAACAUCCAGCUCGUGUGUUCCUGUCUCGAGGCGUUUUUCCAGAAUAUCUCGUACGGUGUGCUGUACGCUUACACGCCGGAGGUUUUCCCGGCGCCCGUGAGAGGAACGGGAAAUGGGAUUGCGAGCUGUUUGAAUCGGAUUGCGGGGCUUUGCGCGCCGAUUGUGGCGAUUUAUGCGAGUGGUGCGGAUCCCAAGGUGCCGAUUUAUGUGUCGGGAGCGUUGAUGUUGGCUGCGUUUGUGGCGAUGUGCUUUUUUCCGAUUGAGACGAGGGGGAAGCAGACUCUGUAG